GCAAUGGGUCAGUUUUCAGGAACUUAAAGCAGACUUGGAAGCUGCCCACAAAGAGAAGGAGUUUGAUCAAACUGCUGUCCUCCUUGGACUGCUUAACGUUUUAACAUCAACAUGAAACUUUUUCAACCUCUGAUUCUGUUCUUAACUUUCUCGGCAGCCUGUGGAUUGAGAUGCUACACAUGCACAGCAGCCGAACCCAAAUCCUGCACUGACACCAAAGCCUGUUCUGUCCUUUUCAACCGUUGUUUCUCGCUCAGAGUGGAGGGUUAUGACAUGGUUACCAAGGGCUGCCAAUCCAGCGCGUUGUGUUACGGUGCGAUGUCCUGCUGUGAAGGGGAUUUGUGCAACAGCAGCGCACAACUCGGGUCCAGCUUCCUCUUAAUAAUGCUGACUUCAGCCAUUCUCAAACUUUUCCUCUAAAAGCCUAAAAUGGGAAAUUUGAAGUGUUUUUACAGAAUAUUUUCAAAAUUGAAAAAGAAAUAAAGAAAUUCUUUUGUUUAAAGACCCACACCAACAAAUAGAAUAAUGGUGUUUUUUGUAUUCUUACCAUGUUCUUGUAGCCUUUUUCACAAUAUGGAGGACAUUUAUAAAAGAAAUUAAGGUUAAAACUGAGUUUCUGAGUCUUUAUUCAAUUUGUGAUGCAUUCCAGAUGAAAUCCUGAUGUUCAAAAAAGCUCUCUUUUGUGACGCAGUGACUAAAAUGGUGCUAUUAAAGUCUUCCUGCUCCUCUUCAUUUCUGAUGCUUCCACUUGCAGACGAAUAGAUCCAUUAACGUCGUCAUUCUCCUCUUCUGAAUGGCCCCCUGGCUUAAAAACAUUACUGGAUAUCUCCAAUAAUGUUCACCAUUUUUGAUGCACUGUUGAUGUUAGCUUGGGGUCAUAAAGUGCUGUAGACUGGCAGAAGAGAGUGUAAACAAAGGGAUGAUGGGAUAUCAGUUGAGGCUUACUUUCUGUUCAAAAGUCCUGCCUGUCACUCAGAGGCAA